GGUAAACGGGAUUCGUUCGAUGAUUCCGUAGCUAACGGUAGGCUCUGGUUCGAUUGUGUUUAAGUGUGUGCCUGUAUCAUCGACCACCGUUUGAAGAGCAGCAGCACGAUGAUGAAGUGGACUACGGUGGGAAGCGGUACGCUGGCGCUGGUAGUGCUAGCGGCCGCCCUGGUAGCUGCAGUACCCCGGGAAGGAUUCGGUCAUGGAAUGCAAGAUUGGGGCUUCGCUGAGGUCCGCCCAGGAGCUCACAUGUUCUGGUGGUUGUACUACACGCACGCGGAGGUAUCGAACUACGCCGACCGUCCGCUGGUGAUCUGGCUGCAAGGUGGCCCCGGUGCUUCCUCGAUGUACGGUAACUUUGAGGAGCUUGGUCCGCUGACACUCGAGCUCGAGAACCGAACGCACACGUGGGUGCGCGAUUAUAACGUGCUGUUCAUCGACAACCCGGUCGGGACGGGAUUCAGCUACGUCGAGGAUUUCUCCCUGCUGACCAAAACGAACGGUGAAAUCGCAAACGAUCUGGUGGAGCUGAUGAAGCAGUUCUACGCCAUCCAACCGGAGUUCCGCGAUACACCCCUGCACAUCUACGCCGAAAGCUACGGUGGAAAGAUGGCACCCGAGUUCGCGUACGUCCUCAACAAGGCCAUCCAAAACGGCGAGAUCGAGUGCAAUCUGCAAUCGGUCGGUAUCGUGGCACCGUGGGUUUCACCGAUCGAUUCCGUGCUGUCGUGGGCCGAGUUUCUGCUGAACAUGGGAUUUGUCGAUACGAAGGGUUACCGGGCGAUCCAGGCAUCGGCCAUCGAGACGGAGCACGUACUGAACCAGGGCCGGUGGGAAGAGGCCACCAAUCUGUGGGGUAUGACGGAGAACGUCAUUCUGCGUGAAACACAUGGAAUCGAUUUCUACAAUGUGCUGUUCAAGCAGGACUAUUUCACUACCCGGUCGCAGCUGGAGCAGUUUUCACGCGAUAUGCGCAGUGCGAUUGCGUCGCGAGCAACACGGCUUGCGUCCGAAGAUCGGGAUCAAAUUUUGGAGGAUCUGAUGCGCUUCGAAGUAGCUCCGGCCCUCAGCCUGCCCGCCGAAUCGGUGUACGGUGCUCAGAGUGGCCGCGUAUUCAACACGCUCGCCGGUGAUUUCAUGAAGCCGGCCAUCGACGUUAUGGAGCUGCUGCUCAACAACACCAGCCUCGAUGUGGUGAUCAUUACCGGGCAGCUGGAUCUGAUCGUCGCCACGCCCGGUAAUGUGCGCUGGAUCGAGAAGAUCCAGUGGGACGGACGGAACAACUAUCUGCAGUCGCCGCGCAACGCCGUCGGACGGAAUGGUGUGCUGGAGGGUUACGAGAAGAGCUACGGCAAGCUGGCCGUCUACUGGGCCCUGCGUGCCGGUCACAUGGUUCCGGCCGAUAAUCCCACCCUGAUGGACCACAUCCUCGAGAAGCACGCCCCCGUAUAAGGGUGAGCUGUGUGGCAUCUCAUUUAUGACAAAAAAAAAACAUUUGCAUUUAACAAGAAACAAAGUGUAGGCCUAACGGUGUUACAUUUUUUUUAAUUGCCGAAGACUAUGAAUUGAUAAAUUAUCACCACGUACAAGAUAAGUAUGCGAAUCGUAUUUAAAUUAUUAUUGACCUUCGGAACAAUGCAAACUGCAACAAAGAUGUGGAUAAAUAUUGUAGAAGCAAGAAUGAAUCAUAGCAACCAGCGCGACAAGCGAAGCUAUUGUGCCGCACUUCGUAAGCUAUGACUACUAAGCGUCUAUUCAAGUUUUACGGUAAUCUCAUUCGUUUUGCUGAAUUUUACGACAAAUUUAAUGGUACUUAUAGACAAAUUGUUUGUGAAUGCAUGUGCAAAUAAACGGCACUUAGCAAAGAGAGAGAGAGAG